CAAAUUUGUUGCGGCGGGAGAGCCGGAGAGGAGGCAGCUCCACAGAAACAGAGAGCGCAUAACCGGCGGCGUUGGCGGCGAUGAGGAUCGAGGAGGUGCAGUCGACCUCGAAGAAGCAGCGCAUCGCCACCCACACCCACAUCAAGGGACUCGGCCUCGACGCCAAUGGGAUGGCGAUUGCGUUGGCGGCGGGGUUCGUGGGCCAGGCGGCGGCGCGCGAGGCGGCCGGGCUGGCGGUCGACAUGAUUCGCCAGAAGAAGAUGGCCGGCCGCGCGGUGCUCCUUGCGGGUCCGCCCGCCACGGGCAAGACGGCGCUAGCGCUCGGCAUAGCCCAGGAGCUCGGCAGCAAGGUCCCUUUCUGUCCUAUGGUAGGAUCAGAAGUGUACUCCUCGGAGGUCAAGAAAACUGAGGUGCUGAUGGAAAAUUUCCGUAGAGCUAUAGGUUUGCGUAUAAAGGAAAACAAAGAGGUUUAUGAAGGAGAGGUUACUGAACUUUCCCCAGAAGAGGCUGAGAGUACAACUGGUGGAUAUGCAAAAAGCAUUAGCCAUGUAAUCAUCAGCUUAAAGACUGUUAAAGGGACUAAGCAACUGAAGUUAGAUUCUUCAAUUUAUGAUGCUCUGAUCAAGGAAAAGGUGGCAGUGGGUGAUGUUAUAUACAUCGAAGCAAAUAGUGGAGCAGUGAAAAGAGUUGGUAGAUGUGAUUCUUUUGCUACAGAAUACGAUCUUGAAGCUGAAGAGUAUGUUCCUAUCCCCAAAGGUGAAGUCCAUAAGAAAAAAGAAAUUGUGCAGGAUGUCACACUUCAUGACCUUGAUGCAGCAAAUGCUCAGCCACAAGGUGGCCAAGAUAUUUUGUCCCUUAUGGGCCAGAUGAUGAAACCACGAAAGACUGAAAUCACCGAAAAACUACGCCAAGAAAUUAAUAAGGUGGUAAAUAGAUAUAUCGAUGAAGGAAUUGCAGAGCUUGUACCUGGUGUUUUGUUCAUUGAUGAGGUCCACAUGUUGGAUAUCGAAUGUUUUUCUUAUCUUAACCGUGCAUUGGAGAGCCCAUUAUCACCAAUCGUGAUACUUGCUACAAAUAGGGGAAUAUGUAAUGUAAGAGGAACUGAUAUGACAAGUCCACAUGGUAUACCGGUGGAUCUUCUAGAUAGGCUGGUGAUUAUUCGGACAGAGACAUAUGGCCCUACUGAGAUGAUACAGAUAUUGGCUAUCCGAGCACAAGUGGAGGAGAUUGAUAUGGAUGAAGAAAGUCUUGCUUAUUUAGGCGAGAUCGGACAGCAGACAUCUUUGAGACAUGCUAUUCAAUUGAUAUCACCUGCCAGCGUGGUCUCAAAGACUAAUGGAAGAGAGAAAAUCUGCAAGGCUGAUCUCGAGGAAGUCAGUGGGCUCUAUUUGGAUGCCAAAUCCUCGGCUCGGCUGCUCCAGGAGCAACAAGAAAGAUACAUCACCUAGAUUUGGAUCUCCUGUCGUGGAAGUCUCGAAGAGAAUGUAGUUGCCAGCUCGAAAGUCAUCUAGUGCAUUGAUCUGCUUCACAGGUUCAUAGUCUACUGGUCUUGGAGCGAGCACAUUUCGGGGGGAACGGCUUGAAUUUUGCAGUGCCUGCUUGUGUUAGUCUCCAGAGAAGACUUGGUUCCGGCAUAUUGCUCGUUCACGCACUGUUCGCUGAUUAGAUUGGUCACCGGUGCAGGAAUUGCCGUGUGUGUUUUUAUCUUGCUCAUCGGUGUCCGGAGUCUGCCUCCACGGGUUGUAUUGGCCCGAACCCUAUCUUUGUAACCAUGGAUAAUGGAUAGGAUUCUUACAGAAUGCAACUUGCAUGGCUUUAUUAUUUCU